ACACAAGUGUGAAGAUGUUUCUUUUAUCAACUGCCCUGAGAGCUGAAUAAAUAUAUAUUCCCAUGGCUGUCUUCCGUUAGACAUUAAAGUGAAACGUCCCACAUGGCCAUCCUAAACAUUCCCCCAAAAGGUGAGGGGAUCUCAAGGCACUUUGGCACCAGGAAACCAGUUGUAAAAUAUCAGUUGUCACAGGCACUGCUAAUAAAUUGAUUCCAAGGGCCCCCUCCUCCAAUUGAAUGGAAGUAUCACUUCUAGGGAUCUGAUACCCUACUAUCCCAAAAAGAAAAUGACCACAUGAGCAACCCAUUCUCACCUUUCCUUUUUAAAAUGGCAGUGAAAAUCCACAUCCUCACAUCUGGAAAAGGCAGAGCAUAAUCAAGCUCUCUAACUUAGAUUUCUUUGGACUAGAGCUGAUAUUAUGGAGUAUAUUGGAGGUUCACUACUUAUGGGUGUUUUUCCCAGGUCUUUUAAAGCUAUUGAUUCAAUGCUGUCUUAUUUAAUUUUAUUUUCUAUUUUAUCUUGGAAAGUGACCAGAGCCCAGAAUUGACAACAUGAAGAACGGCUGCAUGAUUUGGAGAAUUAGAGGGAUGGUGGCCUGUGGAACUCAGAUGUUGCUGUGCCUCCUAGUUAUUGUUGUCCUACCAUCUGAGUGGCUUUUGCUGGGAGUUGUUGCUCAAACAACAGCAGGGCCUCUGGAAUUACCCACAGAUCGAGACAAUGACUUAGCUGAUAGUGGUCCAACAACAUCUCCUGAAUGCCGUGAAGAGCAGUUUCCUUGCACACGUCUGUACUCUGUUCACAAGCCUGUGAAGCAGUGCAUCAGUUAUUUGUGUGUCACAAGUGUCCGUCGGAUAUACGUAAUAAACAAGGAGAUCUGCUCUCGUAUUGUUUGCAAAGAAGAUGAAUUCAUGCAAGAGGAGAAUUGCCGCCAGCUGGCUGGCCUGCCAGCACGCCGCCUUCGCCGCUCUGAUGACCCUCGAGGACCAUCCUGUAAACGAGCAAAGGGCCAAUCUCAGAACACACUUGAUUCUCAGUGAUCAGGAAGCUGUAGAAAUGAGAAGAACAAAGAGGAACUGAGAUUAUACUGGAAACCCAUUCCAGAUUUACCUUUUCACACACAAUUCCUGUCUCAAAGGAUGUUUCACUAGCACAGGGACCUUUCAUAUCAAUAGGUCAUCUUUGAGAUGUUAGUACUUAGAUCCUCCUGUGCACCUGCUUCUGGCUUAUUUUAACCUUGGACUCCUUAUAUAAGUCCUAACCAAAACCCGCCUUAAAAUACACAUACAAAAUACUUGAUCCUCCUGUGCACCUGCUUCUGGGUUAUUUUAACCUUGGACUCCUUAUAUAAGUCCUAACCAAAACCCGCCUUAAAAUACACUUACAAAAUACUUGUUUUCUCAGUGACUUCCCACCCAGUUUAAAGCCAGCUUGUCUACAGAAAAUUGCUAGAAGAUAAUUAAUAUAAUUUGCUGCACAUAUAGUCUAUUCUUUAUAAGAUUUGAUUGUUUCUCUGCAAAAUUAGAGGAUAAUAACCAUAAAUUGAACUCACCACUUGUAUAUCUUAUGCACUUACUUGAAGAGGAGACACUGAAACUAUAGAAUCAUAGAAAGUAAGGAUCCUUACAGACCAUCUAGUCCAUUCUUCUUCAGUAUAGGUGUCCACUACUACAGCAUCCCUGGUAUCCCCGUGUCUGUUUAAACACUUCAAUUAAGAAGAAUUUACUAUUUCCUGAGGCCAUUUGCUCUAUUCACUGUUAGGAUCCAACUUUAUUUACCAUAGUUCUGUAUUCUGGAACAACUUUGAAAGGGUUCUACAUAACAAUGAUUCUUCAGAUAUAUGAACAGCUACCAUGUCUGUUUAAUCUUCUCCUAGUGAAAUAUAUCAGGCACUUUCAGCUAUUUCUUGUAAAUCUUUCCUCCAGGCCCCUAACCACCUGAUUAUCAACUCUUCUAGACUUGCUCUAGUUUGUCAGUGUGACUGUCUUUCCUAAGACAUAGUGCUCAGAGCAGGAUGCAACAUUUUCUAUAAAAUCUGAUCAGCAUUGGGAAAAAAAGGAAAGAUUUUUUUAAUUAAACUCCUGUUUGCUCCUCGUAUUUACUCACUCAUCAAAUGCAUAACAUAACAAAAUGGUUUCCUUAUAUGUCUUCUGAAGCUGCCUCAACAAGGGUCAGCAAUAAGCACUGCUCACAGUUGCCAAUUAGCUUUAGUCACCAACACAGUGGCAAUCAGUAGCACUCAAUCAGCAAUCUCUCCGUCUCCUUGGCCCUUUCUCUCUUCAGCUUAUGCUCUUCUGCAGUCUAUUUCAACUUUCUCUGCCAAAUUCCUGUUGCUCUCCAUCUCCUCUCAUAGCUCGUUACAUAUUCUAUAAAGUUACCAUUGGCUUGUGUGAGAAAAACAUUCUGUUUCUUUCAGAAUGAGAUGUAGAUGGGGUGAAAUAUAUUGAGAAUUUGCUCAACUAAAUAUUUAUACUGGUAUUGGAAAGGGAAGGAGGGUCAUUACUUAAACGUUUAUCUCUGUUUCAUAAACCUUGUUCAGGACAGCUGUUCCACAGCAAGGAGACUGAGAAUAGAACACUGCAGACUGAGAAUCUAAAUUUAAGUUAGGUUUAGAUUGGGAGGACCCAAUCAAACAGAAUUAGGAAUAAAUUCUAGUGUUCUAAAAGGCAACUUUGGAUCAUCUCUCACUGCUUCAGAUUCCAUUCUAUGGCUGCAUCUAGUUAUAACUUUGUUCUAAAUGUGAUUGAAUCUGAUAUUAAAAAUAUCUUCAUUCUCUAA